AUGGAUGAUAGUGUAUUCUAUUAUUGGUUGGGACAUACAAAAGCGCAGUUUAGAGAAUUAGAAGCAGCGUCGCCCGAUUUCCAAAACCGUGCCACAGCAAUUGGUGCAUACUUGAUGAAAUUACGAACUGGAGAUUCAGACGACAGAAUUUCAACAUUAUUGAACAUGAGUAGAAGUACAUUAUCAAAGUUGAAAAACAAAGCUCGUGAUGUUAUGACAGAGCAUUUUGUGGCAGAACAUUUAGGCCUUGAACAUAUGUCAAGGCACCAAGUUGCAGAAAAGAAUCUGUAUAUUCCAAAUAAUUUAUUCGGAAACCAAGAUAUCGUAUUGAAGAUAGAAAUGCGAUUUCAAUAA